CGCACACCACGCGCACCACCGCUCGCCCCGUUGAAGCUGCGCACGACCCGCCCUCCAAAUAACGGCAUAGCCGCGUGCCGGCAGUGAUGGCCUCUCCCCCAGGCUCGCCGGCCGGCGCAAUCCAGAGGCCCAUGAGCGCAAUGAUCCGGCCCAACCGCUCGAGCAGCAGAAUGAGCAUGAGCAGCAAGCACGGCGGCGGUUCGCGGGCCUCCGACGAGGACUCUAAAACGGCCGUAAAAGUUGCCGUCCGCGUGCGACCGCCGCUCAAGCCCGGAGACCCAGGCUUCGACCUCGUCCCCCAGCGCUUUCGUGGCUCGACCUGCCAGGUCACGUCGUCCUCGAGUCUCGCCGUCGAUGCGUCCGGCGGCCGGAAAGUUUUCGUGUUCGACAAGGUCUUCGGCGAGGACGUCGAGCAGGAGGGCGUCUUCGAAUACGUGAGCGAGAGCGUCACCUCCUUCGUGCAGGGCUACAAUGUCUCCAUCCUUGCCUAUGGCCAGUCCGGCGCGGGCAAGUCGUACACAAUGGGCACCACAGGCCCGCGCGAGCAGAACGACGCAAAGAUAAUGGGCAUAGUACCACGCGCGGCAGGCAUUCUCUUUGAGAAGCUCGAAGGACCGAACGGUCGGGCCUCAGGAAUCCGUGCGCCUUCGCGUUUGUCCGGUCUCAGCGCGGCAAACUUCGCACACAAGUCGUCGAGCAACAAGAACUGGCAGCUGAAGGCCACAUAUGUAGAGGUAAGACGCGCGCCGCCCGUCUCCGGGAAGACUGCUGACCUCCGCAGAUCUACAAUGAGCAGCUUCGUGAUCUCCUCAUCCCCGAACACACGCCUCCACAUGAGCGACCCUCCGUGGCAAUUCGCGAGGACAUCAAGGGUCGCAUCCUUCUCACGGGUCUGACGCAGGUUUCAAUCAAUUCCGUGGAGGAUCUUCUGAACGCGCUCAACUUCGGCUCAGCCAUUCGACAGACCGAUGCAACCGCCGUCAACG